CUCUGAGCACCUAGACUCAUCCCAUCACCAUCACCGGUUAGGCGCACUUCCAAAACCAUAUCGUAGGAAUUGGAAUGUUCACCGAGGAAGUGCGCGUGAAUGAGCAUCUGACUCGUGCAUACUGGACUAUUAUAAGGUUCGUUUGAGGUGACUAGAGACUGAAUAGAUCAAUGAUCAUCAGUGUCGAGUCCUUCACAGCCUGUCUUUCGCGAUGCUGAAAUUCUUCCAGGGGCAACCAAUGUCAGAUUGGCGAUCCACUUUUCUGCCCGCAAAGUCCAGGUGCAACAUCUUUCAUCGAUUCUAUAACUCCCUCCACAUCAUCAACGUCUUCGGCUGGUUGACUUCCUCAUCAACACUAGCUUUUAUGAUGAAACCUUCAGUGCCUACUCACUGCACUACCUCUCUUAAAAAUCCGAAAAUUUCCGGUCAUUGGGCGAGUAGUUACCCUCGCGAACUAGCUGCAGUGAAGUUGGAUAUUAUUCUCGCUGUGUCGUGGCUCGGCUUCAUUUGUUUGAUUCCGAACGGAGAUAAAGUCAAACGGGGCAAAACUAGGCACCUCUAUGCAUUUCCUCUUUGGCCGUUCCCAUGUUCUAGUGUGACUGGCAGAUAUCGAGAUUCCCUAUGGCCUCCGAUAGGCAUCUUUCACGUGUAACAUUCUAUGGUACCUCUAUGGCCCGAGCGCUGGCGAUCUUUCCUAUCAGAUUCCAAAUAGCCGGAAGACAACCUAUCG